CUUUAAAUACUCCCCACUCUUCCCGGCGUGAGUCACAAGGUCCACUCGUCUCCGCUCCGCUUUCCCCGCGUGGGCCGGGCCGCACUCGCCUCCCCGCCUCCUCCUCGGCAGCUCCCUCGGUCCCGUCGGCCCGUUCAUCCUCCGGCCCUUUCCGUUCCGCCGGAUUCAUGCGCAGCUCUCGCCCUCCUCGGUCGCCAUGCAGAACAACCACCACAAGGAGCGUCUCUACAAAAUUCUAGUGAUAGGAGACCUCGGAGUCGGCAAGACCAGCAUCAUCAAGCGCUACGUCCAUCACAACUUCAGCCCCAACUACCGAGCCACGAUCGGGGUGGACUUCGCCCUCAAAGUGCUCAACUGGGAGCAGGAGACGGUUCGGCUGCAGCUGUGGGACAUCGCAGGUCAGGAGAGGUUUGGCAACAUGACCCGCGUGUACUACCGCGAGGCCGUGGGCGCCUUCAUUGUGUUCGACGUGACGCGUCCCGCCUCCUUCGAGGCCGUCACCAAAUGGAAGGAGGACUUGGAUUCCAAACUGACACUUGCCAACGGGAAGCACGUGGCCACUGUGCUCCUGGCCAAUAAAUGCGACCAGGGCCGCGACGUGCUCACCAAUAACGGAAUAAAAAUGGAGCAGUUCUGCCAGGAGAACGGCUUCGCGGGCUGGUACGAGACGUCGGCGAAGGAGAACAUCAACAUCGACGAGGCGGCCAACUGCCUGGUGAAGCACAUCAUCGCCAGCGAGAACGACAUGCUCCAAUCAGAAGUCUCCGACACCAUCACGCCCCUGUUAGACAAGGACAGAGGCCGGACGUGCUCGUCCUGCUUCAGGUCCCAGUGAGCGCCGCUGACGGCCGGCCGGACGUCCUUUUGGAUCUCAUUACGCAGAGAAAGUUGGGUUUUCUGUGGGCGAGAGACAGAGGGGGAGCUGCGCUGGCUGUCUUAUAGUGAGGAGCUACGGGUGCCAACACUUCUCCUCUUGGGUGACUAAUGUUGGGGGUGAGGUAAGGAGACGGGUGGAGGGUGACAGGGAGGCAGCUGGCUCAGGAAAUGGAUGGACUGAAGUGGGGGGAGAGAGAGAGAGCGAGAGAGAGGGAGAGAGAGAUGCAGCUGUGUGCACUUGUCAAUGGCAAGGUUACCCUCUGGGUGACUUAAGUCUCGACACUGCCGCUCUGGUUGCCAUGGCGACACCCUUAAUGAACACAUGCACAGAUGGAGAGGUUGUAGCAAAUCACAGUGUAUAAUGUAUUAGAGGUCCAAGGACGUGAUCUUUGUUCCCACACCGUCAGCUCUACUCAACCGCCCCCCCCCCCCCUCCCCCUUUCUCACUCCGUCUCCCCCUUCAGUCUCUUGCUCACUCGCCUCUUUCAGCGACAGCUCGUGCUAAUCGGCAGAACGACGAGCCAGAUGUUUUAGACGGGGACCUGGACUUACAGUGCGUCGAUGAGAUGUCUAACGGUGUGGUUUUAAUUUACUUGGCCGUUUUUGUACCUCUGUCCUUGUGAAGAAUGUGACCAGGUUGUGGCGUCUCCAGUGAUGAGCAUCCUCAGAUUAUGUACUUAAAGUGCCUCCUCUGUUACGAACCGAUUUUAUUGAAUGUCCUCAGCUGAUAUAUUCACACUAUGUUGUUUGUACAAGUGCAUUUAAAGGUAUGAUGACCUUCACUGGAAUACAAUUCUACUCAUUUCCAUGGCAACGUAAUGAGACUAAGCUGUGCCCGGUUCAUUCAGUGUUUUUAUAUAUGGAAUCUUCAACCUAUCGUUCACCAUUUGUAAUAUUUGUAAUUAUAGGAUGAAUGCAUGUAUAAACAUGUACAUAUGCGCAGUUUACAGAUGCUGAUUAGAACCAAAGAUGUCUCCAGUUUUCCACAUGUUCGUAUGAAUAAACCAGAGCUUUACUGACCCACA